UUAAAAAUGUCAAUGUCAAAUUGGCAAAAUCAAAAUAUCCAAAUAAAUCAUUGCAUUAUUUCGCAUUUAUAAUUUAAUUUUUUUUAUAAUAAUUCGAGAAAAAUAAAGAUGCGUAAGGUACACGGUAAUGAUUCUUUUCAGCGUAUAAAUUAUUUAUAUCAGAUAAGUAAAUGUAUGGCAGGUAAAAAUGCAGGAUUGUCUUCAUACUAUGGAAACCUCAUAAUUAAUGUUGCUAAGAAAAAUGUACUAAAAAUACAUCCAGAUAUAAAAAGACUUGUUUGUAAAAAGUGUCGCUGCACAUUUGUCGAUGGGGUUUCAGCUAAAAUGCAAUUGAAAACAAACAAUAAAAGAAAGUUGAUGCAAUGGAGGUGUAACACAUGUGGGACAAUAAAGAGUUUUCUUUUGGACAAAGACAAGGAGCAGCUGUGGCUGGAGCGGCCAGAGGCAGUUGUUGAAGUUAUUGCUUAGGCUGCAAACGAUGCCCAGGAUGUGGUGGCCUAAUGGACUUGCUGAAUACACAUGGACCUAUAUUGUUACAUAAAACGUCUAUGAACUAAUGAACUUUAUUGCUGUUUUAUAAUUCACCAAUUAAGUAAAUAAAUAAAACAGUACAAUUUUU